UCACUCUAAUAGCCGCUCCGCGUCCCGACUCCUGUUGCUAGAUGAGGCGCAAAGGAGCUGCUUGGAGCCUCCAACCUCCCUAGCUGUGCCGCGGGGCUGCAGACAGCAGCCAUCUGCAAAGCCAGUUUACAUGAUUAUGGCGACAACCUCGCAGCUGCCUGCCUCGCCUCUGCUCCGCCCAGCCCGGGCAGACUCCUCGAGUUGAGCCCGCCCCAGCUGCUUCGUCAUUAGGGUCCCGGCUGAAGGCCCGCCCUGGCACGCCACGCCGCUGCUCUGCUCCAAGCCUCAGGUGUGUGUCUCAUGCCAGUAUUGAUGGCUGGUCCCAGUGGAAGCAAAAUGUGUACAGCACCUAGGUCACACGAGAGCAGUAGCUGUGUUGCCAGGAUAAGCACACCAUAGAAAUCUGUUCAAAAGGAGAGCGUUUGAUACUGUUGCCCUUAUUACAAGGAUCAAGAAAGCUGCCUUCUAUAUCUUAGAUUCCCAGCAUACAAAUUAACACAGCAACAUGUCGGAGGCAGAUCUUGCCGGAGAAGAGUAUCCAACCGAGAUUCAUGAUUAUCUUUCAGCCUUUGAAAAAUCUCUUGGUUCUGUCGAUGAGAUGUUGAAAACGAUGAUGUCUGUUCCCAGAAGCAAACUUUUGCAGAAGCUGGAUCCUCUUGAACAAGCAAAACUGGAUUUGGUAUCUGCCUAUACACUGAAUUCAAUGUUUUGGGUGUAUCUUGCCACUCAAGGCAUUAAUCCAAAGGAACACCAAGUGAAACAAGAGCUGGAGAGAAUAAGAACAUAUAUGAACAGAGUGAAAGAGAUAGUAGACAAGAAAAAAGCAGCCAAGCUGGAUAAGGGUGCUGUUUCAAGAUUUGUACGGAAUGCACUCUAUGAACCCAAAGCUCAAAACAAGUCUGCAAAGAAAGGUUCUGCUAUCCCAGCCAAAAAGAAGAAAAUACAUUAGAAUUACCAUGUUUUGUGGUAAUCUGAUAUACAGAAAAGAAAUAUUUUUAAUGAAGUUUUCAUACAUUUCAUAUUAAAAUAGAAAUGCAUUUUAGGGAAGUAAGUUCAUAACAAAUAACUACUAGAGACUGUUAUUUCUCCCAUAUGCCACUAUGUGUGUUUUGACCUUUCUAGACAGCUCAGAUCUCUGAAAACAGUACUGAUUCCCAGUAAAGUAACUUGAAAUGAAUCCUUUUUCUGAAUGAACCUUGAACAUGCUUUUGCCUUUUUAUGAAGUAAAAUAUACUAGUGUACUUCCUAGA